GGUACCAUGGAAGAUGGACUAGGUGCACAUGUUUGUACAUUUACUGGCUGCAAUAAACGUUUUAAGAAGCACAGCAGGUUACAGAGUCAUUAUUUAUCGCAUACUGGCGAGCGUCCACACAUCUGUAGUUAUGAGGGUUGUAACAAAGCUUAUAAAAGAGUGGAUCACUUAAGUCGUCAUCAACAAGUUGCCCAUGUAUCAGAUGAGGAACAGAACAAGAGUUGGGAAUGUGAGGAGAGUGACUGUGAGUCCACAUUUAGUUCUGUGUAUGCCCUGAAGAAACAUAUAGCCCAGUACCAUGAGAGAGAUACGUAUAAGUGUACUGUGAUUGGCUGUGAGGCUGUGUUUAACAAGCAUCAUCAAUUAAAGACACAUAAAUUAGAAGAGCAUGCACAGGGCAGGCUGUUGUGUUGUCCAGUUGCUGGCUGUGGUAAGGCAUUCCCAACACAAAAUAAACUGAAGAGGCAUCAGAAAAUACAUGAAGGGUACACAUGUACAGAGAGUGAGUGUGGUAAGAAGUUUGACAAAUGGUCAUUGCUAGUCAAACAUAAAAAGGUGGAUCAUGCUACAGUGCAUGAGUGCCCAGAGUGCAAGAAAUCAUUCAGUCAGAAGCAGUGGUUAAAACAACAUAUGUUAACUCAUGCUGACAGACGUAUGUCAUUUAUCUGUAACCAUGACAACUGUGGACGUUCCUACCUGGACCAGCGUAAUUUAAAUGCUCACAUACGUAGUUACCAUGAAGGCAAGAGAUUCUCUUGUGAACAUGAAGGGUGUAGUCAAACAUUUACUACCAAGCAAAAGUUACAACAACAUCAGAAAUUACAUGAUCCAAACAGACCAUUGCCAAAGAAAGCUAGAAAGAAGAAAUCAAAGGUAGAAAAGCUUCUAGGUAUAAGCUUGGAAACAGAGUCCAGAGGUCAAGAUCAUGCAACCUUUUACUCUCCAAACAGAGAAGAUAGUAUAGAUCUACCUGACCUAUCACAUUUACAGGCAGAUAAAAAUAUACCUGCAGCUUUAACAAGCCCAGGUGAAGUAAAGGAAGAGUAUAUACAACAUAGUGAAAUGAUGGAAUCAAUUCUUCAAACUGCAUUACGAAAAGUUAAAAGUAUUGAAAAGAGUAAACCUGAUGAUAGAAAUGAAGAAAGUGAUGAGAUAGGACAUAAGGAAAGUGCUGAAAUAGAAUUUAUUGAAAGUGAUAACAAAAAUGAAACUGAAUGUAAUAAAGAAAGUAACAAUAGUGGAAACGAUAUGGAAAUUAUAAAACACAUGGAUAAAACAGAGAAAAACUCAAGCAACAAUAUGGAAUUUUCAAUAUAUAUCCUUGAUGGAAGUGAUGGUAACUUAAAGAAAAUAAAUAUGUGUUCAAACAAUUCUAUGGAAACUAGUCAAGAUAAUACUGACACAGUUUAAUAUUGUCUGAGCUAAAGUUAAGUUGUUACAGUUUGUGCUAUAUAUACAUUCUAUAAUACUGAACUAAUCUGAAUGUUGAUGAAAUCAAAUGAUCCAUCCUGAAUAUAGUCAUUUUUAGUUUGUCUGUUUGGAAGAAAAGAUCAAAAGCUAUUAAGAUGCAUGCAGCAGCGGCUUCAUCAUCGUGCAAAAACUUUAGUGUAGCUUAUUAUUCAAACAUACAUGAAACCUUGCAUCCUUACUUACUAUGCCCCUUGUUACUAAACUUUACCAAGUAUUUUGUCAUGAUUGCUUAUCAAGUACCAUGACUUUAAAACUAUCAAAAGUAUAAAAAUUUAGACUUGGAAUAAAUGACAAGGGGCAUUACCUUGAAUGCAUUUUUAGAUAUCUCUUUUUUUCUGUACAAAUUGGUUAUUGAUAGAAAAUUUUCUUUGCAUACAAUGUGCAUAAUACUUGCUUAUGAGAACAAUUCAUAUUUGUAGGACUUACAUAACUUAAGUGAUCUGUAUUUCUAGAGUUUUUUCCUAUUUUUUCAUGUAAAUUAUUAAAACUUUACCAAUAUUUUGAACAUUCACAAUCACAAAGUAAUUCAUUUUACUGAGAAAUGACAGCAUACAUAACAGUUAAUAUAAGUAUUUGCCCUUAACUGUUGAUAUAGCAUGUGGUGCUCUUGUUGUUUUAUUGGGCAUUUAUUUGCUAAAAUGUUAUUUAAUAUUAUGUUAUAUUAUAUAUUAAAGAGAAAAUAAUAAAAAUAUAUAUGAACUUAU